AUGGGCCUUGCUACGGCAAAGCUAUUCCUCGACCUGGGCGCGUCGGUCUACGGGGUAGACAUGUCAAAGCGCCCUACGGAGCUGGCAUAUAUUCCAGCCUUCGACUUUCUGCAGAUCGACCUUUGUCAAAUGGGAGCUCUGCAGCGAGUUGUGCGUGAAUGCUCACAGGCUUUUCGGCGAUCAUGUGGAUGCUCUGCUCUGCUCAGCAUUGCCGGUAUGAUGGACACGAGCAAGGCGGGUAUCAGCGGCUCGGCGGCUGGCGUCGCAUAUACUGCGAGCAAACAAGGGAUUGUCGGCUUGACCAAAAACGUUGCUUUCCGCUUCCGCUACCAAAAGAUUCGCUGCAAUGCCAUCUGUCCAGGCGGUACGUACAAGUCUGUUUACUUCGUCCCGGACGGCCAGGCUCACAGGGUGUCGUCUGAUCUAGGGUUUACCACCAAUAUCAUGCAGUCGAUUGAUCACACUCAGAUCGAUCAAGAGUCAACCAAGCUGAUCAGCCCGUCAUCAAGCUUCACCAAGAUGGGCACAUGA